UCUCCCUUUUCAACCCCUUCACUCUCCAUCCCAAACCCGAACUCAAAAAAAAAAAAACAUGUCCCUCACCGGUCGGAUAUCCACCAUAACCCCACAAUCCCACCACCAUCCAUCCACCAUCUCCGCCACCACAUUCCUCCCUCUCCGCCGCACCAACACCGUCUCUUUCAGCCCCUCGACCACUUUCCUCAACCCAAUCCUCAAACCCCACAAAAUUCCAACAAUCAUAACACGAAACAACUCACCGCGUAAAUCGACACCCAUCAAAAUGAGCAUGGAAGCAGGAAUAGGACUAAUGGGGACCAAAUUAGGAAUGAUGACAUAUUUUGAACCAACUGGGAAAGUAGUCCCAGUUACUGUAAUUGGGUUUAAAGAAGGAAAUGUAGUAACUCAAGUUAAAACCGACGAAACGGACGGGUAUAAUGCAGUUCAAGUUGGGUAUAGGAGAGUUAGAGAUAAGAAAUUGACAAAACCUGAAAUGGGUCAUCUUGAAAAAGCAGGUGUGAUUCCAUUAAGGCAUUUGCAGGAGUUUAGAUUGCAAAAUGUUGAUGGUUUUGAAGCUAAUCAGAAGUUGGUUUUGGAAGAGUUGUUUAAAGAAGGUGAUUUGGUUGAUGUUAGUGGUACUACUAUUGGAAAAGGGUUUCAAGGUGGUAUUAAGAGGCAUAACUUCAGAAGAGGUCCGAUGUCCCACGGGUCAAAGAGUCAUCGAGCUCUUGGUUCAAUUGGAGCUGGAACCACACCUGGGCGUGUCUACCCAGGGAAGAAAAUGCCUGGUCGAAUGGGAGGUACAAAAACGAAGAUCCGAAAGCUCAAGAUUGUCAAGAUUGACAGUGAUUUGAGAAUUGUGAUGAUCAAUGGGGCUGUUCCUGGUAAGCCUGGAAACCUCAUAAGAAUAACUCCUGCUAAAAUCGUCGGCAAGAAUAUCCCAAAGAAUUAGUCUGGUUAAAUGUUCUCUACGAUUACUUUUGUUGUUCAGUAUGCUUUCUGCAAACUUGUACGAGAUAAUUAUUAUGAAAUUUUGCAAUGUGAAUGAUUUCAGACAA